CCUAUAGGUAACAAAAUCUUUACUACAGGUACCUUUUAUCGAGUUUUGCUUCUUAUCUCACAAAAAUAUACGUUUCUAUGUACGUGAGAAUACUAAAAAGUUAGUCAACUUUGUGCAAAUUGCGACUGCAAUUAUGGGUUCGCUACAGCUGAUCCGUAAUGGGCCUAGGCUCAUAUCUGUACCAAGUAUUUGGAAUACGUAUUCACUACGUAACAAAUAUUAUUAUAUUAAUAAAUCAGAAAAAGAUAUGACUCUUGAAGAUCAUGGUUCCAAUCUAUUUAUGCUCGAAAUUUUUCGUGGUCUUGGAAUUGGGUUAUCUCAUUUCUUUCGAGAACCAGCAACAAUAAAUUAUCCUUUUGAAAAAGGUCCUUUGAGCCCAAGAUUUAGAGGGGAACAUGCACUGAGAAGGUAUCCAUCAGGCGAAGAAAGAUGUAUUGCAUGUAAACUUUGUGAAGCUGUAUGUCCUGCUCAAGCUAUUACCAUUGAAGCACAAGAAAGGGAAGAUGGAUCUCGUCGUACUACGAGAUAUGAUAUUGAUAUGUCCAAAUGUAUUUAUUGUGGUUUUUGUCAAGAAGCUUGUCCAGUAGAUGCAAUUGUCGAGGGUCCAAAUUUUGAGUUUUCCUCUGAAACUCAUGAAGAAAUGCUGUAUAAUAAAGAAAAAUUAUUAAAUAAUGGAGACAAAUGGGAAUCUGAGAUAGCUAGUAAUAUAUAUGCAGAUCAUCUUUAUCGUUAAUGAAGUCUGUGGUUUGAUUAAACCACACUAAAAUAUUUAAAAAUGUUAUAAAGUUUAGUAUAAAAAUAGCAUUAGCACAGAUCAAUAUUUAUCUAAAGUAAUUAAAAAUAUAUGGUAUCUUUGUGUUUAUAAA